CCCACCCUUUUUCUUUUCUCGUUCCAGGGUGGCAUGUAUGUGUUUCAACUCUUUGACUACUAUGCAGCCAGCGGUGUGUGCCUUUUGUGGGUUGCGUUCUUUGAAUGCAUCGCCGUAGCCUGGUUUAUGGAGUGGAUAAUUUCUACGACGCCGUGGAGGACAUGAUUGGCUACAGACCAAACUCCUGGAUGAAAUGGAGCUGGACCGUCGUCACUCCGGUCCUCUGCAUGGGCUGCUUUGUCUUCUCCCUAGUGAAGUACAAGCCCUUGACCUAUAACAAGGUGUACGAGUACCCGGACUGGGCCAUCGGCCUCGGCUGGUGUUUGGCCAUGUCCUCCAUGAUCUGCAUCCCCAUGGUGAUGGUCAUCAAGAUCUUACAGUCUGAGGGACCCCUGAUCGAGAGGAUAAAGCGGCGGCCGCCCCGGCGAAGUCGGGCGUGAGCUCUCGCCCGAAAGAGUACAACGUGAAGGCCAGCGAGCUGACGCAGCCCCUGAGCCCCAACGGGAAACAAUGGCUUGAUGAAGCCCACCCACACCAUUGUAGAAACAACGAUGUGAGCGCUCUCUGUGAGAGGAAUACGAUUGAUGUGCUUUCUGUGUUAUUAUCAUAUUUGCUAACAUCGAUAAUGGUAGGUUUACAUCAUCAAAUAUAUUCACGUUAGAGAUACUCUGGUUUGAUUUCUAUGAAGAGAGUUAUAUAUUAUUGUUGUAAUGUUGUUGUUUUUUUCUCUUGUAUUUUAUUUUGAAUUUUUUUUUUACUAUAUCGAUAUUGUUGAUGUUACAAUUGUUAUUGCUGUAGUUGGCACUGAUCUCAGUUAAAUAUUAUGAGAUAGAAAAUGUUCAAUGUUUACUACCAUUAUGUUGAUUCCGGAGAAGAGAUGAGGAAUUUGCUUCUUUUUUUUUUUCUUUUUUUUUUAUAAUAAGAAGAAAUUCUCAUUUCACCUUAAAUUCAGUAAACUAAACGAGCAAUUAACCGCGUAAAAAAGGUAGAAGACGUCUAAACUCCCUCGCGUGAUUGUGGCAGUCUCGUUGCCCAAAGCUAACUUCUAAUUUCUUGUUGUUGUUGUUGUUGUUGUUGUUGUUGUUGGUCACCCCUGCAGUGAAAAUGAUUGUACGUGAGCCACCCACGUUUAUGUUAAGUGGCAAUAUGCAGUGUAAAGAGUGAAUCUUUGCUUGACAUCCUUUUAAGUUACAAGUUGAACAAGGCCUUGGCCAAAUACUGUGAGAAAUGCAUCCAUCCAAAUGAGAUCCACCCUCCAAAAAACAGAGACUACAUAAUAAAAGAAGAAGAAAAGGAAGAGGAAGUCGGGAGAAAAGGGAAGUGGCAUUUUUAGAGUAUUUGUACACAGCCUGUGUGACUACUAUAGUCAGUCCCAGUGCAUUUAUUGAAACCUUUCUUUGCACUUUAUAUGUCGUUUCACCUUUUUAUUGUAGUAUUUGUUUUGAUUGUUGCAAGAUUAUGUGUGGAGUUGCAUUUGCAACGCAUUUCAGGAGGAAAUAUUUUUAGCUUCUAACUUUUGGAUAUUGUAAACUUUGAUAUACAGUAUCUAGUUGUCUACUUGCUAAGACAAUGACGGAAUAGAGUAGACAUCUGACAUCAAAUAUUUGUAGAAUAAUCUGUGAGAAGAUCACUUUAAAAGUAAACAUCCAUUGUGCUCAUUACGAUAGCAGAUGCACUCUGCUGUACUACCACUGGAUUCUAGUUUCUAAUGUUCGGUUUAGGCAUUUAUAUUGUAGAAUUUGAAUUGUUUGUAAAUCACAUAUGCCUUUUUGUAACAAUUUUAUACUGUACAUCAUAUGAACGUCAUCACCAUUUUAAGGAAAUUUGUUUUCUAAAUAUUAAUUACGCUGUGAGCAAGGAUUACAUUUUUCAGCGUGCAUUAUUCAUUGAAGCAAUGGCGUCCUCUGCUCGCUCAAAAUGCACCGUCAAAUUUAGAAUAUUAUUGUUCAAUAAUUCAACAACUUGCACAGUUAGAUACAAAAUCUGAAGCAUGUGUAGUAGCCACCACAGUACCGUGCUGCUUUGUCUGUUAAGAUCUUGGAGAUUCAAGUGUACCAAAGUAUUUUUGUCUCACAGUUGUCCCCUUUUGAGAUGCACAUUGCAUCAUUUCUAUAUAGAUUACAAUAAACAUUUUUUUCCUUG